AUGUAUCCAGUUAAUCGCGAUAUAAUUCUCAAUCAAUUGAGACCUCUUACCAUUGAUGAUGCCCCGGAUCUCAACAUAUACGAUGGUGAUGAGACGGUUGCAAAACUACAUCAUCAAAUCAAUGCAGCAGUCAAGGCCUUAGAAGAUGUGAAGGAUACCCUUACACCUGGUUUGACAAGACAGUUGAACAAGAUCUUCAAGGGUAGCAUGGUCCAGGCGGAAUUGAAGACACAUCAUGAGGAUGAACUUGCAGAUCAUUAUUGA